ACAAUUAAUUAAAUAUUGUUUUUCGGAAGGGUAUACGCGCAAAAACUUCGUGAAGUCGUUUACGUAAUUACUUCUUUUUAUGGGGGUUUUAAUGCAAAAUUAGUUCACCGGAAAGAUCACCGUGAAGACGACGGCAAUGCUUCUUCCGAGCUGGGGUCAUCUCCGAUGCUUCUCGUCAUCGUCUUCAUCUCUCUCCCAUCUCUCCUUGAUCUCUUCUCUACUGAACAAAUGCUCAACCUUGAAGCACAUCUCGCAAGCCCACGCCUUCAUGCUUCACCGAGGUCUCGACAUGGACGCCGUCCUGCUGAGCAAGCUCAUCCUUGCAUGCUCCCUCCUUGGCUUCACAGACCUCGCUUAUUCGAUCUUCAAACACCGAGAGUGCCAUGAUGUGUACGCCUAUAACACCAUGAUUAGAAGUCUCUCUCGUGCUGGCUUUGCUAAAGAUGCAAUCUUUCUGUUUAAUGGAAUACAAGCGACGGGUCUCCGGCCUGAUACUUAUUCUUUCCCUUUUGCAUUGAAAGCUGCUGCGCAUUUGUCGGUUCUUGAACUCGGGCAAGAGCUUCAUGGGCAGAUUGUGAGGCUGGGGUUUGGUUUGGAUGUUCAUGUGAUGACUGGUUUAAUUCAUAUGUACUCUUUUUGUGGAGGUAUUGAUCAUGCACGCAAGCUGUUUGAUGGAAUUCCUCAAAGGGAUGUGGUUGUGUGGAAUGCUAUGGUUGCUGGAUAUGUUCGGCAUGGGGAGUUGGAGAGUGCACGGGUUCUUUUUGAGCAAAUGCCAGAACGGAAUGUGAUCUCCUGGACGGCGGUGAUUGCUGGUUAUGCGCAGAUGAAUCGUGCUGCUGAGGCUAUUGAAAUCUUCAGAAGAAUGCAGCUUGAGGGUGGUGUUGAUCCUGAUGAGAUUGCAUUGUUGGCGGCAUUAUCUGCUUGUGCUCAAUUGGGUGCUUUGGAUUUAGGGGAGUGGAUUCACAGGUAUACAAAAAAGCGUGGGUUUUAUAAGAUUGUUCCCUUGAUGAACGCAUUGAUAGACAUGUAUGCAAAAUGUGGCAACAUAGAGGAAGCAUUGAAUGUCUUUGAGAGCAUGCAGAGCAGGAGUGUUAUUACUUGGACUAUAAUGAUUGCAGGGUUUGCACUGCAUGGGCUUGGCAAUGAAGCUCUUAAUAUGUUCAAGAGGAUGGAGAUGCAAAAUGUUCGACCAAAUGAUGUUACUUUUAUAGCCAUCCUAUCUGCUUGUAGUCAUGCUGGACAAACUGAUUUAGGCCGCUUGUAUUUCGAUAAUAUGAGCAGUUGCUACAAUGUUGAGCCUAAGAUUGAACACUAUGGAUGCAUGGUUGAUCUUCUUGGCCGCGCUGGUUGUCUUAAAGAGGCAAGAGAUCUUAUCAAGGAUAUGCCCUUUAAGGCGAAUGCAGCCAUUUGGGGAGCUCUUUUAGCGGCAGCGAGAACCUGUGGCGAUGUUGAGCUCGGAGAGUAUGCAUUAAGGAAGCUUAUUGAGGUAGAGCCUCAUAAUAGUGGGAACUAUACACUCCUGUCUAACAUUUAUGCGGCACAUGGGAAGUGGGAGGGUGUUGGGAAGCUGAGGAAAAUGAUGAAGGUUGAAAGUGUGAAGAAGGUGCCAGGAGGGAGUUCUAUUGAGGUGGAUGGCACAGUCCAUGAAUUCACUUCUAGAGAUGGGUCUCAUCCUUGUUUUAAGAUGAUAUACGAGGUUUUAUACUCAAUAGAUGGACACUUGAGGAUACGCGGGUUUCCACCAAUGUUGUAUGGAGAGUAGCUUGACACGAAAGUAGGAUGAAUGAGAAUACUUGCAUUGAGAGCUGAUACUAUUGCCUGAGUUUCACUCAAGAGUCUGCAUUCACUGCAAGCCAUGUUUCAAAAGAUCCCAGCCAUCAAUUUUGCCUUGUUUCACUUAUUUCUCUUAUUAAAAUUAUUAAGCCAGAUGAAAGGAACACUUGAAGUUGAAGAAAGCUUAAUGAAAUCAAAGAGGAGACUCUAGAAGCAGUUUGAGAUUGAAGCAAAGUUAUCUGAUUCCCAUUGCAAUCAGAAAGUGAUGUGAAGGUACAGGAAUUUGACUUGCCACCCCUCAAACCAUUGUCCAAACGAUAUAUCACGUUGUACAUCAUAAACUGAUUUGAAAGUCUCAAAAUGGAUUGGAAUAUACUGGCAAUUUCAUAGCAGCUGGCAAGAUGAGUAAUGAAGUCAUGUGAAAGAGUUUGGGGUGUCUAAACUGGAAAGUCAUUAAUAGUUCAUACAGUUUUCAGAGCCGCUGAUUAAGUUGCACAAGCCUUUCAUGUGACAUUACCUGUGGAUAUUCAAUGUGAGGUUAUUUAAUUUUCCUAAAAAGUUCUUCCCAACUUCCAGUCAAGAAAGGCUAAGAAACAGCUUAUGGAUGGAGACAAAAUCCGGAAACUUUCUUGAUUGUUGUGGAGCUUUCAUUGUUUAUUCACAUCAAAACGAAAAUAUUGUCACUCAAUCAAAUGUUCCAGGUAUCUUUAAAGGUUAUUACUGCAUUUUAUCAGUGAAAUGUUAAUCAAGCUGCUUAUUAACAUCUAAUGAUGAAUCAGUUCAUUGUCUGUCUCAAUGCAUUGCUUAGGCAGAUUGUAACAAUUAAAUAAUCAUGCAGAGGCAUCACUAUUAUUUGU